AUGCUGGCCCUGCGGCUCCUGCUCCCUCUCGCCUUGCUCGGGCUCGGCACCACGAGGCCCUUAGUCCCGGGCCCCAGCCUCCGCGCACCAGCGGUUGCCUGGCCGCCCUCCGGCCUCAACUCCCCCCUGGAGGUUCACGAAGGCACCCAGAUCCCCAGCAACGGGAGCGCGCCCCUGCUCGUGGCCGUGCAGGUGUUCGUGACAAACGUGUUCAACGUGGACAUCCUCCGGUACACGGUGUCCUCCAUGCUGCUGCUUCGCCUGUCCUGGCUGGACCCGCGCCUGGCCUGGAACACGAGUGUGCACCCGCGGCGCGUGCUCACCCUGCCCUGGGACUCCCUGUGGACGCCGGGCCUCACCAUCCAGGAGGCGCUCUGGGUGGACUGGCAGGACCCGAGUCCACGGGCCCAAGUGGACCAAGAUGGCCACGUGGAGCUCUACCUGACCCUCACCACGGAGACCAACUGUGACUUCGAGCUCCUCCACUUCCCCCGAGACCAGAGCAACUGCACCCUCAGCUUCUACGCCUUCAGCAAUACCGCGACGGAGCUGGAGUUCCGGCCCCACGUGGUGAAUGAGAUUGUGAGCGUCAAGAGGGAGUAUGUAGUUCGGGAUCUGAAAAGCCAAGUCCCGCCCCAGCAGCUGGUGCCCUGCUUCCGGGUGUCGCUGCACCUCCAGAACACAGCGCUGAAGGCCAUCCUGGCGCUGCUGGUCCCGGGGGAGGCGCUGCUGCUGGCAGACCUGUGCGGGGGGCUGCUGCCCCUGCAGGCCGCCGAGCGCACGGCCUUCAAGGUGACGCUGCUGCUGGGCUACCUCGUCUUCCACUCCUCCCUGGUGCAGGCGCUGCCCAGUUCCUCCUCCUGCAACCCGCUGCUCAUUCACUACUUCACCGUCCAGCUGCUGCUGCUCUUCGCCAGCACCAUGGAGACGGUGCUGCUGGCCUGGGACCACCGGAGGGCCAAGCGCAGCCCCGGCCCAGCCCCGAGAGGGGAGCAGCAAGCUCCUGAGGACGCAGGGCCUAGUCCCGAAGGGGCCACCGGAGGAGCGGGGUCAUGGAGGAGCAGGGCCGAGGCUGCCGACCACGCCUUUUUCCUGCUCUACCUGGCGGGGGUGGCGUGCAGCCAGUUCGUCUUCAUUGGGCUCUGGAUGUGGGCGACGUGCAAAUCUGACCCAGCCCCUGGCAAGGCCGUACCCCACGGGGGGCAGCCGCAGCUGUAUCAGGGCAGGGCCGGGGGUGCAGACCUGGGGUGGGCCUGA